AAUUUUUUGGUUUUCAUCUGACGAAUUUCAGUUUCAAGAAAGUUGUUCGUUGUCGACAGAGAAUCGGAGAAUCAUCGAAGAUGAGAGCUGUACACUGUCUUUCUGCUUGAUGUCCCCGAUUGCCAUCAAGUGUGUAAGUUUCGGACUUGACAGCACGAAGAAAAACAUGAAAUGCUCGCAAGAUUUGAAAUCGGACUGCGGAGAGUCCACCGUGGCAUUUUGACGAGGCCAAUUGGGUGUUACGGAUUGUCGAUGACAACCGCAACAACAACGACAACGACAACGACAACGACAACGACAACGACAGCUGCGUCGACACACCCGUCGCAAUGGAAACCGUUGACACACCGUCUGCUUGAGCGCACAAAGGAUUUCGAUGCAAGAAGCGACAGAUUUGGAGGUGUUAGUCACAGUGGAAAGUUGCAGGCGGAGUAUCACAACCUGCUGAACGAUUGGCGUCAUGUUCUUUUCAAAAUACCGAACAACGAAACGGAGAUUCUUUCCAAGAGUGCCAACUCAAUCGAAAAGCUCCUCCACUCUAUUUUUGACUGUAUCUCAAGGAAAAAUGAAGGAACACAGUGUUUCGACCACAAGAGCAACAGCCAAAGCUUUCAGAAAAACCAUUACUUUCAGCCACCCCCGACGCUCCGAGACGAUGUAACUACCGGGAUCUAUGCAUGGGGAAGAACGGCAGUCAAUGACUCAAGUUCUCCAUUGAGAGCCGAAGCCCUCUUCCAAAAGUUUGAAAAGAAUUGUAAAAUUUCUAGAAGCAGCAAUUCAAUCUGUCGUCCCACUUCUGACGUCUACUCGGCUCUGGUCUAUUGCUGGUCUCAGGCUCAGGCAAAUCAAAUUGCCUCCCAAAAAGCUCUCUAUUGGUUUCGAAAGAUAGAGGAAAACAAAGCCAUGGUGGUGACCUCGGAAGCUUGGAAUGCUCUUCUUCGAAUCCACGUUAGACAAGGGAAAAAUGUCGACAAAAAUCUCCUCACAAAACAUUCCAUUCUAAACGAUGGCUAUACGUAUGCCAGUCUUGUGGAAGGCUGGAUGGAUUCCGAGUUGCCGUAUAGCUCAAAAAACGCUUACAAUGAAUUGCAACGCGGUAUUGCCUAUUGCAUUGACAAAGAAGAUCAAAUGCCGGCGCUUCGGCAGCUCAUUCUGACAUAUCUGGUGAAAAACAUUGAGAAAGGCAACAUUCUUGAAUACGAGCAAGUUAUGAACCAAGCGUCAAUUCUCCAGGAAAAUCGUCCCGAGCUAGAUUUUUUUGAUGCGAAGCAUUUCCUUGCCGUCAUGAACGCUUUUGGUGCCAGAGGAGAUUCCGAUAAGGUCAUUCAACUAUACCAAGAGUUACAAAUAGAUUACGAACAAGGUUCUGAACGAUUCAAGCCAAGCUACCAAAUUGUGGUUGCCGUGUUGUCAGCUCUGGCAAAGAAACAAAACCUCAAGAGUCUUGCAGCAUGCGAAAGUUUGCUGUCGGAAAUAGAAUCGUACUUGUUGAUAGACGGUGUGUCGGCAGCUGGAAUCACCAACCACGCGUACAACAUAGUGCUAGACUGCUACAUCCGAUUUCCACAUGUCAAAAAUAGGAGGGAGCGCGUGGAGAAGUUGAUUGAGCGCAUGGAAAAAUUAGCAAGUAAACACAACAAUCCACUUUUACGUCCCGACAAACUAUCCUUUGCCGCCUACAUCAAAUCGAUCAUACAAGAAGACAAACCAGGGUCUGUGUUGGAGAUCGAUAAGAUUCUUCAAAGAAUGGAAAAUUCUCAUCUACUUUCUAUUCAACCGGACAGGAAUAUUUAUACAAUCGUGCUGGAGGCUGUUUUGGCACGUGGUGAGAAAACAGCCAUAUUGCAAGCGAAAGAUGUUAUGGAUAGAAUGGGACGGUGUGUCAAUCUUCUUCCAGACAGGAUAAUGUAUACGAUUUUGAUGAAAAUUCAUUCGCUGGCGGGUGACGUCCAGGGGUCCGACGAUGUAUUGAAUGAAAUGAUUGAAGCCUAUGAAAAAGGCCGCGCCGAUUGCUGUCCGAACGAAAAAGCAUUCGUUACGGCGAUAAGCUCAUUGAAACAAUUGAACAGAGAGGAUGUUCCAGAUGAAGCUUUUAGAAUCUUCAACAAAAUGGUAGCUCUUUACAACAACGGGAUCGAGGAGUGCCGACCUUCUAUGAAAACCUUUGGAAUGCUGAUGGUAAUUCUUGCAAAAAGCAAUCACAAAUCGAAAUUGCAAAUGGCUCAACGCCUCAUCUAUGAAAUGGAGAAAUACGGUGUGAACCCCGACUUGACGCUAUUGAAUUGGUACAUGCGUGUCUGCACCACAAUCACUAGCAGCGAUCUACGUCAGCAUAGAGAAAGCUGGACGGAAAUAUUGCUCACGUUCAACACACUACAAGAAAGGGGGAUAGCGAACUCCCACAGCUACAAUUCAGUUUUCCAUGCAUGCGAUAGGUUUGUUCUCGAUCCCGACGAGAGAUAUUCCUUUUUUCGUGAUACGUAUUACAAGUGCCGAAAGGAUGGGCAAGUAGAUAGAAAAAUCUUGACGUCACUCCGACGAUUCCUUUCGCCCAAGGUAUACCGCCAUUUGACAAAGCUGGAUCCAAGUGACAAUACGAUAAAAAUGAAGGUAUAUCGACAGUUGAACAGGCUUGACCCAGAUGACAAUGAUAAAAUGUGAAAAAGAUACGACCAAUCUGAAAUGUAAAUUUACAAUAACGCCACACGACAUUA